AACUGUAGUUGACGAGUCAGGAGCUCGUCCCUUGGUGUUGGAAACAGCAGAACGGGUAAUUUCGUUUGGUCGUUCUGCAGCUUGUGACGUUUCUCUCGACAGCAUCUUUUUGUCCUCGUGUCAAUGCGAAAUUUUUUUAGCCCUGCGUUGUCACGGACAGCAGACGAUAACUUCUUCUAAACAUAGUGGAGCAGCAGCAGAAGGUGGUGCGUCCCAGGGUAGUUCUUCGCAGAAAAAUAGAUCUUCGAAUAAAAGCAAGAAAGUUUUGAUGCCGGUAGUGCGGAACCUUGGACGCAACCCUGUACUCGUGUUUUUCGAAGGCAAAGCGGAGAGGCGAAAAAAAGUUCAGCGAAAUGAAGAAGUGCAGGUAGCUGGCGGCGACGUGUUGGCUUUUAAAUUGCAGCAGCCGGAAUGCGUCUACUUCCGCAUCGUCGAAGAAACAGGAAAGUCGAGCAGCCAGGUAGCCUUACAUAGUUGCAGUGAAGCUUGUGCACCUGCGGCGCGAGCGUCCGCUGCGGGCCUCCAACCUGGAAGUGCGAAUGACGUCUCCAAACUGCAAGAAAAUAUAGUACUGCAAGAGCAAGUCGUUGCUGGUCGUAACCCAUCCACAUCGCAGCAGGGACAAAUCCAGCAAAAAGAGCACGAGCACCCUGGAGCUCUUCCUGCAGCUGCUCCUCCUUACCAGAAGAGCACGGACGCAGUUUUUGGCGACAGAAACAUUGUUCCUGGAGAGGAGUUUCCAGGCCUCGGCGGGGACGCAGGAGAAGCUGGAAAAGGAGCGAUAGUUCAGAACGACCAGAGCGAAGUCGAAGCACGACAAGAACGACAGGCAGAAAACAACUUGCGACGAGAACAACGAGAAGAUCAAGGUCAACAAGAAGAUGCGAGUUCUCGUCAAGGGGGAGAAGUCAGCGGCCGGCAUAAAAUGUCGGAACGUUUUCCGAGUAUGGAAAUCAGGUAUGAAGACGAAGGAGAGCAGGAGCAUAAUGAGGAUUAUGGUCUUAUUGAUGAUGCAGACGUCGACCAAGAAGAAGCAGCAGCAGAAGAUGACGAUCAGGAGCAUGAAGUAGAUGUAGAGAUUCGAGAUGAAGCCAACGAAGAAGGUGACGAUAAUCUUGAACAAGCUCACGUCGGACAUGAUCAACUUCCGCAGGUCCCCUCGGAGGCAUCGAGACGCUCUAUGCCGCGACUGGUUAUUCAUCAUAAGGAUACUAGUGGGCGAAAAUCGCUACUCCACGGAGGAAAAGAUGCAGAUGAAAAACGAGAAGAGGAGGAAGGAGAAAAGCAGGAACGAGAUGACUGUGCAGCUGGUGCAAAGAGGAGGAAGAUAGAGUCUACUUCUUCAUCCAGUGGCGCGAAGCUGUAUGAUGCAACUUCGAGUAAAGGCGCUAGUUCCGCGGCUCAACAAAGGAGUCGUCAUCAAAUAGGCGCGGUAAGCAUAUCAUUAAGCGGAGGCGCACGAACUUUGGUUAGAAAUCCUCCACUUUUCAGCGUUCAACAUCAACUGCACGGCUCCACGUCGCAUCUUUGCAAACCAAGUUGUAUUAGAGCUGACGCGGCUGUGAAUGUAAUACAACAAGGCAGGAGUAGUUCAAGUAGUAGCUCUCAUCUUGUUUUUCCGGCGAACGCAAAGAUUAAUGAUAAUAAAGCUGAUGGUACCACCACGCACACGACCACGACCGCCGUGAACUCGGUAUUUCUAGGGGGUCAACAUCCAGUUGGCCCUGGUGCGCAUACCAGUCGUUUGUCUUCUUCCAGAUCUUCCCUUUCAACAAGCAGAACCGCAUGCGGCCGCGGUGCAGCAGCAUUGUUGAGAAUGAUGCAGCGAAUGCGCGGGAAAGAUGUCUGGUGCCAGCUGAAUGCAGUCGGGCUGCGCGGUGCGCUGCACACCCUCUUUUAAGUUCAGCGAGCGUUUAUCCAUCUCUCUCGGCAUCUUGGUACCCUUUUCCAUUGUAUUCCAUUCUCAUGAAAUACAAGGCAAAAGCGGGCAAGAUGAAGGGACCACCGAGAUGCGUCCUAGCACACGCUAACUGUUUCGUGAGUUAGAAGAGGAAAGUGGACCACCACCACUGGGGAUAAUAAAUGUUGAUCAACAACAACAAUUAGCAUUACAGCAACUAGAGGGACAACGAGACUAUAGUGUUGACAAAAAUACCGGAAGCGUCGCGCUGCAAAUGCUAGCACAGUAUUGCCGAUCCGCUGGUGAGGAAAAGGUGGCCAGCUUGCGACGGCUUGUUCAAGCGGACUUCGCGUCGACGCCAGACGUCGCUUGCGGUCUAGCACAGCGUCUAGCUGCGCGUCUGCUGCAUCAACAUCAACAACAUACAGUUCUCCCAGCUUCGGAAGCUUCUAGAAGAAGUGACACUCUCUUGCUGCUAGUAGAAUUGCUGUGGCCUUUGGGUGGUUCUCACUCGUGGAAUUGGCACGUUCUGGCAAAUGCACUUCGUGGCAGUUCUUCCACGACAUCUCCUUCAACAGGACGACGGCAUGAGGAGGACGAGUGCGCCAACAUGAUCGCGCGGCUGUUCGAGCGAGAGGAUGCCUCUAGGGAUCAUUUGGAGGUCAGAAAAGCUGGUGGGAUAAGAAUCGCGGACACGGGGGACGAACAACAGCCACGACGCUUAGUCCAGGCGUGGUUGAAUGGGUUCGCGUCUUGUAGUACUGUAGCUUCAAAAUGCUUUUUACAAUCCGACGUCGCAUCCUGUGUUUUCUGGUAUGCCAAACGAUUGCACCUUGUGGAGGAACGAGAGGAGGAGAGGAAAAAAAGUGCGCCUCAACAAGAAAUACAACAGGAGAAUGAAAUAGCCGGAGGACGACACUUAGGAGGUGGAGCAGAAGCAGGUGGAGUAAACCAAAAUAGUGAGCACAACUCGUCAAUGUCUAAGGAGAAGAACAGGGAAUUGCGUGUGCAACUUACGAAGCACCUUGAUGCAUCCGGGCGAUUGCAGAAUUGGUGCCUCGACCUUCUGCGGUACUCUGCUCGAGACGAUGGGCGAGGUGAAGACGUCGAAGACGAAAUGGAGGAAGAUAGAGAUGCUUCUCGUUUUCUGUUACUUGCCUGGCUGUUCCAGAGUCCUGCGGAAUUUGAGUCUUGGGAUGCAGAAAACUUCUUUCAUAACCUGCAUUGCCAAAUUUCAUUGUCUAGAAGAACAAGUUGUGCGGCAGCGGGAAAGAGACCAGCACUGGAAGAAGAUGGCCUAAAUGAACAGGACAAAAACCGCAUAAAUCCAGAGGACCUGGCGUGGAUCUUUGCUGACGAUGUCGAUGACGUUGAUGGACAGAAAGAGAGGAUCGUGGUACUUCUGGGAGCGCAGUUGAUGAAGCGGGCUGCGGCUGCUGGGGCUGGAUGGUUGCCGCUGCAUCAGUGGUUUCCGGUACUACUUGCGCACGCAGAUGGCUCUGACGUGGUGUUUCGGUCCGUGUGCACAUCUCUUGAUGCUGUCCCGCUCGACCGGCUUUCAGGCGUCGCGUCGGACAUGCUGCGGAGCGUUGCGCCUGGUACUAACACGCCAGCUUUGUGGGAGAUUUUUCGCAGUCUGCUGACACGUCUUGUGGAUGGAAGUGCUUUAUUAAAACAACAGCAUCAGGAGCCUGUCGAGAUGUGUGCUGGUGAGUCACAGUCCAAUAACAACGAACAUGGUCAUCUUCAUAUUGAUUCCCACUUGAAGAUGCUCUCAGUAGCAGUAUCAGACCAGCUUGAGGCAAGUACGCUGAUCGUUGCAGGGACUCUGUUGCCAUCGUGCUUGCGUGUGCUAGAGGAGCACACGAGAGAGCGCGCGAUCUAUCAGAUGCACGAUUCGCAGGAACCCGAAGACGAACCCGCGCCACGGGUCGAGCUGCACCCAUCCCUCGUUGGUGUCCUUGAAAUUCUUCUACUUAUCCAGAGACGUGGGAAUCUUUUCGUCGAGUCAGGAGUCGACGGUGGCGAUCAUGAUGAACAGCUGCUACAUCAACGAAAUUCUAGUAGUAUAACAUCGAACUACUGUCCUGCUAAUUCUAAAAAGGAUGGAGGACAGCAAUUGCAGAUGCCAGUUGAACCAGUGCAGCUUGAUCAUAGAGGGCUGCUAGAAGAAGUACGAAAGGCGGUUGGUCAACCUGGUGGCCAAGAAGAGGCACGAGCAGACGACGGUCUCCAUGAAGAUGCUAUUAACGCGAACAAGGGUAACGACAACGAGGACCACGUGGCCUCUAGUAACGAGAGCAAUGCUUUUGCUAGAGCGAAAGUGAAGUUUUUCGUUGAGGAAGCAUCAUUGCGAUUCUUUAAGCGUGCUGUAGUAUUGCCUACCAGCACAUUGACAUCCAAUGGUGUUGUCUUGAGCACCGGAAGUAGCCAAGGACCGAACGCCAGAACGCUGAAUAGUCGGACGCCAAUGUUAAUAUGGCUUAGAAGUACAACCUUGUAUUAAUUCAAAAUUAUCGUAAGAAGUCUGUUGAACUUGAUCUUCUUUGACUUGUUUAGGAUAUUUAUAAUAUUUUAUUAUUUUUUUACUAUUAAUAUAUAAUACUAUUAUAUAGAAGAAACUCUAACAAUGCUGACGAAGACAAUACCAGUAUCAGCGUGUGGGCUACUCGCUGAAUUCGCUGAAGCCUAUCUUCAAUCGCAAAAGGCCCUUGCCGAUCCGGGUGUCGAAGCGCGUGUUGUGUAUCUAUGGAACAACCUGUGGGCGGAAGCCUGACGAGUCUCAAAAUGAUGGCGUGUUUCCUGUAGUUCUUUUUACUAACUUUUCUAGACACCGACAAAAAAAGAUGUCGAAGAUAUCCGUGAUUGUUUGAUUCCUGUCAAUUUACCAAAAAAAGUUAUGCGUUUUCAUACCACAGCAAAAAAACCGACGCGCGGCACGCACGAUGAGAA